AUGAGUGAUUUUAAAGAUUGUGUGGAAGCAAUUGAAGUUAUUGACAUUAAUAGCUUUGGUUUGCAUUUCACUUGGAAUCAAAAACCAAAGAAAGGCAUCGGUGUGUUUAAGAAAAUAGACUGUGUUAUGGGAAAUAUGAAAUUUGGCUUUAAGGAAGCUGUUGAGCGUGAAUGGCAGCAAGAUGUGAAAGCUAAAAAGCUACUUUUGAAACAAGGUAAUCUUCAUGUGCUGGUUGAUAACCUUAGAAAGGAGCUGGAUUUGAUUCAAACUACUAUAGAUAAGGAUCCCUUGGAUUCUUACUUACGGGACAAAGAAGCCUCAGUUCUGACUGAAUUUAAGGAAGCUCAACUUGAUGGAGAGAGUUUUUUAAAACAAAAGGCAAAAGUGGAAUGGCUUGAGCUGGGUGAUGCUAACUCGGCUUUUUUUCACAAAACACUGAAGUGCAAAAAUCAUAGAUCGCAAAUUGCAAUCAUCAAUGAUAUGCAAGGUGCUACACAUGAAGGUGAAGCUGCACACAAAGCUUUGGUGGAUCAUUAUAUGAACUUUUUGGGUAAGGAAGAUGAAUCGAGACUCAACCCAACACCCGGGCUCUUUGAUAGGGUGCUUAACCAUGAAAAGGCAGCAAACAUGGUAAGAAACAUUACGGAUGAGGAAAUAAAACAUGUUAUGUUCAGUAUUGGGGAAAACAAAGCGCCAGGACCUGAUGGGUACCAUAACAAUUGUGAGAAACAGAGCAUUAUAAAUUUGUGCUUUGCGGAUGAUCUGUUGAUUUUCUCACAUGGUGAUACUAGGUCAGUAAAAGUCAUUUUGGAUUCUAUUAAUAUGUUUAAAGAUAUGUUAGGAUUAGUGUCAAGCAUGUCAAAGAGUACAACCUUCUUUUGUAAUGUUUCUGACCCUGUAAAGUAA